AUGGCAUAUGUUUUUAGCUUAAUCAUCUUUUCAUUUCUUUGUUUUACAACUAUUCUUCUCAAAUCUGCCAAUUCUCAAGAAUUAAACACCUACCUGCAUGCUAACUGUUCAGAUAAUAAUAAUCAGGUCGAAUUAUUCGAUCAGGGUAGUUUAUACCAAACAAAUCUUUAUUACCUACUAUCUAACCUCACCUCAAAUUCAGACACCCAAAAAUUCUAUAACUUCACCACUGGAGAAAACCCAAACAGAGUAUACGGCCUUUACCUCUGCUCCAAUGUCAUUGACAAUCAGCUCUGCCAAAGUUGUGUUCAGGCUGCAGCAAAUGACAUCCAACAAAGAUGCCCAUACAGUGUGGAAGCAAUUACGUGGUAUUCGUUAUGCACGUUACGUUAUGCAAACCACUCCAUAUUUUCAGUCAAUGAUGUCUCAAAAUAUUACCUUUUUACAGUCGGUCCAGCACAGUACAACCAGUUUAACCAACAAUUGGCAAACACGUUGAUCAGUUUGUUCAACGUGGCUUCUUCACAGUGUCUAUCUUUGGCUUCAGCUUCAACAGUUAGUUAUCUUGAAGGAGGAAUAGUUAUGAAUCCUGUUGUUGAUUGCACACCUGAUUUAACCCCCUCAGACUGCCGCAGUUGCUUACAAACUGCAUUAAGCAGGCUUCAAACAGAUGUUUACCAAUUAGGGGCGCUUGUGCAACCGAGUUGUCGGUUGACUUAUACGUUUCUUGAUCUAGAAUCUCUCAUACCUGCAGCACCAAAUAAGAAGCUAUACAUCGGAGUGGGGGUCAUUUCAGCAGUUGCAGCAGUAUCUUUGAUCUGGGUUGUUGUUUUGAUCUGUUGUCUGAAGAGAAGAAAGGCCACAAAAAAACCAUCUGGGCUUGAAGAGAUUGAGAGCAUGGAAAACUUGCAGAUAGGACUUGAUGCCAUCAAAGCUGCCACAUACAAUUUCUCCGAAGCCAACAAGCUUGGACAAGGUGGAUUUGGUAUCGUUUACAUGGGGUCACUUGCAGAUGGACAAGCAGUAGCUGUUAAGAGGCUUUCAAAUGCUUCACGGCAGGGAAUUAGGGAGUUUAAGACAGAGGCAUGUUUAGCAGCCAAGCUUCAGCACAAAAAUCUUGUUAAACUUUAUGGGUUUUGCUCAGAACAGGAUGAGAUGUUGCUUGUAUAUGAGUUUGUACCCAACAAGAGCCUAGACCGGUUUUUAUUUGGAGGAAAAAGAGGAGUAUAUUUGAAAUGGGAAACUCGUUACAAAAUCAUAAUGCAAAUUGCACGAGGUCUGCAGUAUCUUCAUGAAGACUCAUGUCCUAAAAUAAUUCAUCGGGACCUUAAACCAAGUAACAUCUUGUUAGAUGAAGAUAUGAAUCCCAAAAUUGCAGAUUUUGGCAUGGCAAAGCUUUUUGGAGGAGAUCAGACACAAGGAGAUACAAGCAGAAUUGCAGGAACAUUCGGAUAUAUGGCACCAGAAUAUGUAGCAACAGGGCAUUUUUCAGUCAAAUCAGACAUUUUUAGUUAUGGUGUCAUACUUUUGGAGAUUGUUAGCGGAUUGAGGAAUCGUUGUUUGGAUCCAGAUGCAGAGGAAGAAAACCUCCUAAGAUAUGCAUGGAGACUUUGGAAUGAAGGGGAUCAUUUGAGCUUGGUAGAUUCAGCACUAGGGAACAGUUUCUCUAGGGGUGAAAUUGAAAGAUGUAUACAUGUUGGAUUAUUGUGCACUCAAGAAGAUCCAACUAAAAGACCAAACAUUGCAUCAGUCUCGAUGAUGCUUAACACUCACCCUUUUAUUGAUCUCCCACAACCUACUUCCCCGCCUGCAUUUCCAUACAAGCAGGAGAAGUCGUUCGUUGUUUCACACGGAAGCUGUGGUACACUGGCAGAGGAUGUCAUCAGUGACUUUCUUUUGCUCAAAUAUGCAAGCUCACAGGAUGUAAAUGUCUACUUGAAUGGCAGCUGCUCAGGUACUAGGCUGUUUGAGCAGGGAAGUGAAUACCAAACUAAUCUUUAUUACCUACUCUCAAAUCUCACCGCGAAUUCCAACACAAACAAAUUCUACAAUAUAUCCACUGGGGAAACCCCAAACAGAGUAUAUGGCCUUUUCCUUUGCAACAGUGGUGCUGACAAUCAGCUUUGCCAAAAUUGUAUUCAGGCUGCAGCGAAUGGAAUUCUACAGACAUGUCCGUCGAGUGUACAAGCCAUCAUAUGGUAUCCACUGUGCAUGUUACGAUACGCAAACCACUCCAUAUUUGCCGUUAGCGAUGUCUCCAUAUACGUUGCAAUUACAGGAGGUCCAGCAGAGUAUAGUCGGUUCAAUCAACAACUGUCAAAUACAUUUAUCAGUCUAUUCGGCGUGGCCUCUGAUGGGUGUUCAUCGUUGGCUUCAGCCUCAACAUCCAGUGUUAUAGGAAACUUAAUGUCAACUGCUUCAGUAGAUUGCACACCAGAUCUUCGUCCCUCAGAUUGCCGCAGCUGUCUACAAACUGCACUUAGUAGGCUUCAGACAAAUGGUCACCAAUUUGGAAUGCUUCUGCAACCAAGUUGCCGAUUGACUUAUGGUUUUAUUGAUCUUGCUAGCUUUUUGGGUGUAGUACCAAAUAAGAAGUUAUACAUUGGACUGGGAGUUAUAUCAGGAAUUGCAGCCAUAUUUUUUAUCGUGAUCAUUUUACUGAUCUUUUGUCUAAAGAGAAGAAAGGCCAAAAAAAGACCAGCUGGGCUAGAAGAGAUAGAAAGCAUGGAAAACUUGCAGAUAGAAUUUGAUGCCAUCAAAACUGCGACAUACAACUUCUCUGAUUCCAACAAGCUUGGACAAGGUGGAUUUGGUAUUGUUUACAUGGGGACAUUGGCUGAUGGACAAGCAGUGGCGGUAAAGAGGCUGUCGAAUGCAUCAGGACAAGGAAUCCGGGAGUUUAAGACCGAGGCCUGCUUAGCUGCUAAGCUUCAACAUAAAAAUCUUGUUAAAGUAUUUGGAUUCUGCUUGGAAAGAGAUGAAAUGUUGCUGAUCUACGAGUUUGUGCCUAACAAGAGUCUUGAUCGGCUUUUAUUUGAUGCCAAACGCGCAGCAUUAUUGAAGUGGGAAACCCGUUACAAGAUCAUAGUGGGAAUUGCAAGAGGUCUUUUAUACCUUCAUGAAGACUCUUGUCCGAAAAUUAUACAUCGGGACCUUAAGCCGAGUAACAUCUUGUUAGAUGGAGAGAUGAAUCCCAAAAUUGCAGAUUUUGGCAUGGCAAAGCUUUUUGGAGGAGAUCAAACUCAAGGAAAUACAAGCAGAGUCGCAGGAACAUUCGGAUAUAUGGCACCAGAAUAUGUAGCAACAGGGCACUUUUCAGUCAAAUCAGACAUUUUUAGUUAUGGUGUCAUAGUUUUGGAGAUUGUUAGCGGAUUGAGGAAUCGUUGCUUGGAUCCAGACAAAGAGGAAGAAAACCUCCUAAGCUAUAUAUGGAGACUUUGGAAUGAAGGGACUCACUUAAGCUUGGUAGAUUCAGCACUAGGGAAUAGUUUCUCCAUGGAUGACAUUGAAAGAUGUAUACAUGUUGGGUUAUUAUGCACACAAGAGGAUCCAGCCAAAAGACCUACCAUGGCAUCGGUUUUAAUCAUGCUCAACACACAAUUAAAUAUCAAUCUCCCGUUGCCUGCUCCCCCUCCAGCUUUCCCUUACAGGCAAGGAACACAGACAGUUUCACAUGGAAGUUCUGGAAUCCAGAUAGAGGAUGUUAUUACUGAGUUGUCUCCGCGUUAG